AAUCAUUCCUUUGAGAAACAAAUUGGAAUAACUCUCAAUUUUUAUCCUUUUCGCACCACCAAAAGACACAUAUAACAUGACUUUAACGUGCAGCAAUGAAAGCCUUACAAGCAACCCUAUUUUCUCUUCCUUUUCUUCUUCUUCUUCUUCUUCUUCUUCUUCCGGCCCCCUACUUCUACUUUUCCUUUUCAUGUCUCUGAUCACCAUUCAAGAGCUCUUCUUUCUAUCUUUUUAAUUAAUUUCUGGUUUUUUUGAUCUUCAUCCUGAUCAUAAUCAAACCUCUAGAUCUUGCUUUUUAAUGUGCUCAUCACUGAACACUGAAACGGAUCUAUUAGUUAAUUUUUAAUUUUUUAUUUUUAUGAACUAGCUAGGGAGCCAGCCAACCCAGGAGUUUAAAGGUGGAUCAUAAGCAUGGCAAGAGAUCUGUUCCUUCCGGGGCAUCGGAAGAGAAAGAGGAAGAUCCCAUCUUCCCUGUUUACCCAGCAGCUCAAUCCCAACGAGAUACCUCGGCCAUGGUUUCAGCCUUUGCUGAUCAUCAAGAUAUUGGCACCUGGGCCAACAGGCUGGCUCAUGGGCAAGGAAGCCUGUUAACCGCAUCGGUGUCUAGCAUGAGGCAGCAUGGCUUAUCUCAACCUCCCCAAGAUCGAGGAAGAGCUUGUUUGGAAGGGAGCGCAAGGAAAAGACAUUAUAGGGGAGUAAGACAGAGACCGUGGGGCAAGUGGGCAGCCGAAAUCCGAGACCCGAAGAAGGCUGCUCGAGUGUGGUUAGGCACCUUUGACACGGCAGAGGCCGCAGCAGCUGCUUACGAUGCUGCUGCUCUCAAUUUCAAAGGAACCAAAGCUAAACUCAACUUUCCUGAAAGAGUUCAAGGGGGAUCUCACUCUCACUCUCCCUCUCCCUCUCAGUACUCGAGACCCAUAACUGUUCCUCCACCUUCACCUCCACCUCCACCUCCACCUCAACCAUAUUCUCCUUCUCCUCCUUUUCCACCUCCUUUUCCGGUACAGGAAGAAUUCCCCAACCUUUUACAGUACGCCCAGCUGCUUUGUAGCAAUACUGAUGAUGAUUUAAGCAAUGCUACUUCAGCUCUGUAUGAUCAACAAACUUUUGCCUCUCAGGGUUUGUCAAAUCCCUCGGCAGUAUCUCAACAACAUCGACAAGUUGAAGAAGAGCUUCUGAGGGUAUCUUCGGACAUGGGAAGUUCUUAUGGUACUGAUUUUUUUGGGCAGGGGAGAGACUUUGAUAACAGUAACCCAUAGGAUCUGUAAUAUUCUAGGGUUUGUGGGGAGACUCAGAGCUAUGCAUGCAAGACAAAGACCUGCUAGUUUCUAGUCUUCCCAUAUUGUCAAGGAAACUUUUCCAGCUUUCCACGUUGUACUUAUUUGGAUCCAAGAAUUUAUGUCACUUCUAUCAUUCCGGGACAUGACUUUCAAGGCUUCUCCGUGUAGAAAA